CUGCCUCUUGGAAAUUUUGAUUGGUUCUUGUGUUUCUACUCCUCCCACUCUUUGAAUACUCAUUGGCGAUUAAAAAGUGCCAAUCAAGGAAGAGCCUACUGUCGAAAGGGGAGCUGGGCAAUGCUAACAAAGGGCAGCAGGAACUGAAAUUCAUUUGAUCUGUACCGAAGCACAAAGACCAGACUCUGAACCUACCUUUCCGAUAUUUGUACUAAAACGGCAAUUAAAAACAACUCUCCAAAUGAAGUGUGAAAAUUGCACAAAGAAGGAAUGUAUUAAAAAAACAAAAAUUGAUGACCAACAAAGUAUUUCUAUUGAUACACCAAACUUUAACAGUGAACAUGAAGAGAAAAGUGAAUUCCAUAAGUUGGCUGAUGCUAAAAUAUUUCUCAGUGAUUGUCUGGCCUCUGACAGUUGUGUGACAGUGGAAGAAGGAAUAAAAGUUUUCCAGCAGAAUCAGAAGGAGUUUUUUCGUGUACUGAACCUUAAUAAGAAAUGUGAUACCUCAGCCCACAAAGUGUUGGCCGUGUCUAUAUGCCCUCAGUCUUUGCCUUAUUUUGCUGCUAAAUUCAAUCUCAGUGUAACUGAUGCAUCAAAAAGACUCUGUGGUUUCCUAAAAAGUCUCGGUGUACAUUAUGUAUUUGAUUCAACAAUAGCUGUUGAUUUCAGUAUCCUAGAAAGUCAGAAAGAAUUUGUACAUCGAUAUCGCCAGCAGAAGCAAGAGGAACAUUCUUUACCUAUGUUUGCCUCUGCCUGCCCAGGUUGGAUCCGGUAUGCAGAAAGGGUGCUGGGUAACCCAAUUACACCACAUAUAUGUACUGCAAAAUCCCCCCAGCAGAUCAUGGGAUCACUGGUGAAGGAUUACUUUGCCAGACAGCAGAACUUGUCUCCAGAUAAAAUUUUCCAUGUCAUUGUCGCCCCUUGUUAUGACAAGAAGCUGGAAGCCCUCAGAGAAGAUUUUUACACUGCUUCAUAUAAUUCUCAUGAUGUUGAUUGUGUGUUAACAUCAGGUGAAAUUAUCCAGAUUAUGGAACAAAAAAAAGAAUUAAUGAAAGAAGCUGUAGUAGACACUCUGAUUGGUGAGAUAAAGGAAGGAGACACAGUGAGUGAUGGUGUGACUAGGUCAGAUGGUUACCUGGAGCACAUCUUUAAAUAUGCAGCCAAAGAACUAUUUGACAUGGACAUCAAGGAAAUCACAUACAGAGCAUUGAAAAACAAAGACUUCCAGGAGAUCACUUUGGAAAAAAAUGGGGAAAUAGUGCUACAUUUUGCUGCUGCUUAUGGCUUUCGAAACAUCCAGAACAUGGUCCUGAAACUUAAAAAGGGCAAGUUCCCAUAUCACUUUGUAGAGGUCCUGGCCUGUCCUGGAGGAUGCUUAAAUGGCAAAGGUCAAACUCAAACCGAAGAUGGAAAGCCAGAUAAGGCACUGCUGAGACGAAUGGAAGAAGUGUAUGCUGAAAUCCCUGUGCAGCUUCCAGAAACUAACACACAUGUUCAGAGACUAUACCAAGAGUGGCUAGAUGGUACAGACUCUCCAAAGGUCCUGGAAGCCCUGCACACCACUUACAGUGCUGCUGAACCCUCCACAGGCAACAUGGAUAUCAAGUGGUGACAGCAAAGUUGGUAAAAAGGACUUAUUUCAUAGGACAUGUGUAAAUGACACUGGAAACAUUCUAUGCAAUCAGGAACACUUUCUUUGGGCUUUAAUUAUGAAGAAGUUGUGUUUUUUUUUUUCCCCUUAAAUUCCAAAUAUUUUUUUCACCCUGAAAAACCCUCUUGCGUCUUAGGUCUCUUAGGUCUUCUGUUUUCUCACUCACUUAGCUCGGUGCUGUCCUCAUAAUUUGUAUUUGAACAGUACCUUUUGUCAAGGUAUCCUGAAUUCUCUAAAUUAAAAAAAAAAUUAUUUGUCCUAAGGAUAAUUUUAAAGAUCCAAGAUAUAAGAACAGCGAAUGGUGCUCCCUUAGUCAAGACCAACAUUUAAAGAAAAAAAAUUAACUUACAGUUUAUAAUAUGUUAAAGAGAGAUGAUUGAAAAAGCUUCAUGUAGGGGCAGCUAGGUGGCGCAGUGGAUAGAGCACCGGCCCUGGAGUCAGGAGUACCUGAGUUCAAAUCCGGCCUCAGACACUUAACACUUACUAGCUGUGUGACCCUGGGCAAGUCACUUAACCCCAACUGCCUCACUAAAAAACCAAAAAAACAACAACAACGAAAAAGCUUCAUGUAAUCCCCUCCAAAAUGUAUCCAGGAACUCAAAGAUAAGUAGUCUAAUAUAAUUCCAGGAGUAAAAGGGGUGGUUUAAUAUCAAAUGGAAUGGAUUUUUAGAUCCAAACAUGCAUCAUAAACCAUUUCAAGGUCAGGAAUUCUCUUAUUGGGGGAAGAGGCAGGAGUGGGAACAGGAUGUGAAUUCAGGGGCCCAAAGUCUUUUUGAAGAAUCAAGGGCCAGAGGGAAUAAAGAGGUGGAGGUCACCAUGAGGGCCUCCGGGAAUAAGGCCAGAGGUUAGGAAUCCAGGGUGUAUGGGAUGGAGCAGUGUGGAUCUUCUGAAGUCACAUGUGUGAAAAAGGGAAGAGGUACAGCUUUGGUAGAAGGCAUCAUGGGUCAGACAGAAAAGGAAGAGGGGUAGCUGAGCCAAGAACCCACAGUAAAAUAUUUUUUGAGGGACAGGUAGUAAGGGAAAGAAUUUUCAUAAAUAGUGAGGUUUGGGGAUGUUUGGGCUCUUGGAUCCUAGGAGCAAAGCAUAGGUGGCAUAAAGCAGGAACAUGAAGACCACAUAGACGUAGAGAAAGUCAUCUAGGCUAGAAGAGUACAGGGGGUUGGGGCCCUCCCUUCCACCAUAUUUUACAACCUCCAUUGUGGCACAUAUCCCCUGUAUGGUACCCUGGAGGAUCAGGGAAAAGCAUGGUGCCAAUUAAUAAUUCACCAAACCAGUCAGCAAAAUUAACAUUGCAUUUGACUACGAUUAUGAAAGAAAUGGGAGAUGUAAACAACAAUGCUAUACUUUAUGAAGAAUAACCUUGAUGUUACUAUAAUCCUUGAAACACUUAAGCAAAUGUCCUCAGUAUUUCCAUAGAAGACAAUGGAGGUGGAAUUAAAGAAUACAUAGAGAUUUAAGGCAGAUGUUGACUACCUUUUAGCAGAGACCUGCAUCUCCAAAGUAUUUGGACAAAGUUUUGUCAUUAGAAUUGGUGACAAAAUAGAAAAUACAUAAUAACUUAGAGUUCUAUAUAAAUAGAACUAUAAAAAUAUCAAAAAUAACAUUUUCUGCUUAGAAAUUUUUUCCAAUUUUAUGUUUUCAAUAAAGUUCUCUAUAAGUGUUCCCAAAGAAAUGCCUAUCAGGACUCAAGUCAUUCUAGGAAGCAAUUGUUGAGAAUGGAAAAUAGCAUUUGUCUCAGAGUAAGGAAACCUUGGUCCUAAUUCUGACUGCCCUUAUUACCUGUAUGACCACAAGCAAAUAAUUUUCACCUCAGUUUUGUUAUCUAUAAAAUGAUGGAAUAAAACUAGUUGAUCUCAAAAAUCCUUUUCAAUUCCAAUAUUUCUGAUUCCUUUUCACAACCCUACCUUUUUUAGUCCCAUUUUUUACUUUCCUUCUCUUCCACUCUUCUGUUGGCUGCUUCCAAAUCAAAAGGGUUUUUGUCUCUUUCAUGCAAAGGAAAUUAAUUUAUCUACUCAUGCUCUAUAAACCACUUGUAUAGCAUAGUCUUCCUCUCGUCCACUGCAAAUGCUGGGGGUUGUGACCUUUCUCUUCCUAAACAGAAAUAGGAAUUUGGGAGGGUGGAGGGAGAGAAUAUAUGUAAGGAGUUAGUUGCAGGAAAGUAGUCUGGAAAUACACAGUUCAAAACAACCAGAUCCAGUAAAUUUUGUGAAAAAAACAAACCUAUAAGUAAACUCAAAUUUUGUUGAACAAGCUUUUGGAAACUGUCAAAAUAACUUUGGUUUCAACCCUCAAAUUUAAGAUGAUUCUGUAGCCCCUCAAUGUUAACUACAACCUUGUAUGAUUAGAUUAGAUGUUAGAUUAAUAGUAUGUUUUAAGCACCUGUGUUUCUUCAUAUGAUGGAUGAUUAUGUAUAUUGUGAUAAAUUAUAUAUUUUGGACCUGUUAUAUGCAUGUUUUUUGUUUUGUCCUAUUUUUUUUCCUCUGAAAGCAAUUCUACAAGUAAUAAAGCUUAAGGGAUAAUUGUGGAGAACUAAUUGAAUUUAGGUAUAAUUCUCCCCAGCAGGGUUUGGAACUUGGAACCAGAUUCAAUAAACAAAUCAACAUUAUAAAGUACCUACUUUUUGCCAUGCACUUUGCUAAGCUCUGAGGAUACAAAGAAAAAGAAAAGCAAAAUCAGGUCUGGGUUAUUUCACCAUCUUUUAAGUCCACAUGCCCAAAUGACCUCUCCUUGUGCUAUAGUCUGGAAACAAGGUGAAAAGGACUAGCAGACAAAAGCCUUUUGUUCAGUGUCUUCUCAGCAGGCCUGGAACAUCAAGACUUGGCACUGGGUACACAUGACAAUAUAUUCACAUUGUUCCUAAUGCUAUUGUUUUAAAACUGAAAUCAAGGAAGCUAUUUUUAAUAAUGAAUGUCAAUGGAUGAAAAUAGGACUGACUUAGAAUAAAACUUCUAUACAAUGGCUAGCACAUACUCUAAUUUCCUACUCCACGAAAAGGUGCCUGAGGCAAAGGUAAAUUGUGAUCCAUUGGGUUGAGAAGCUCUCCAUUUUAAUCUCUCAAGGGGCAUGUUUUCCUUUUUUUGCAAUCUUUGCCACAUGACUGAUAAUCCCAUCUGUACAAAGGAGGAAGUACAAAUGGAGUUUUCCUAGUCUUUUGGUUAGAAUUCAAAUUCUAGAUGGAAUUUAGUGAUCCUAUAUCUUACAAUGUGUUCAUGGUAGUGCUGCUUUUAACCUAUACUGUGAUCAUCUCAUAAAGAGGUAGGGUAAAGAUAUUGAUGAGAUGGCACCAUUCUUAGAGAGGAGUGGUGGUAACUUCCUACAGACUCCUCAACCUGUAUACGUUUUGGUGUUUUGUAGUAUACUGUACAAAAAGGCAAAAUAAAUUCAGACCUGUGAUAUCA